AUGCCUCUAACCUCCCCACGGUUUGAUACUGAUGAAGGGGACCAGUGCUCGAGACUCUUGGAAUCAGUGAAAGAUAUUUCUAGUCACUUGGAUGUCACAGCCUUAUGUCACAAAAUUUUCUUGCAUAUCCAUGGACUUGUCUCCGCCAACCGCUACUCCUUAUUCCUCGUCAGUGAGGACAGCUCCAACGACAAGUUUCUUAUCAGCCGCCUCUUUGAUGUUGCAGGAGGUUCAACACUGGAAGAAGCUUCGAAUAACUGUAUCUGCUUAGAGUGGAACAAAGGCAUCGUGGGACACGUGGCCGCUCUUGGCGAGCCCUUGAACAUCAAGAACGCCUAUGAGAAAAGAAAGAAGAAAAACUCAUUGCUCCUUUCUCCCUUUCACUGCAACAGUGCCUUCCCAGCUCAAGCACCAAACAUCUUGCAGGUCUUCAUAGAACUGUUCAACUUCAGCUUCUUCAGCAGUACUGGUCAGGGCAUAGCCUUGGAUUGCUGUGAUAUUGAAUGGUUUGCCUUGGACAUGAACAGAAAUCCUUCUGUCGUUUUGAGACUGCAUCCAAGUACUGCAUUUCAGACUCUCUUGUGGACUAUGAUGGCUGCUCCAUUUCUUCUGAGGGAUUCUUGCCCACAGUAG